AUGCAGUUGGAGGAACUGUUGGAGGACAGAAGAAUUGAGCCUUCGCAUUCCCCGUGGGCAUCACCAGUUGUUAUGGUACCCAAGAAGAAGAAAGGUGAUUAUCGGCUAUGCGUCGAUUAUCGCAAGCUGAAUCGAUUAACAAAGAUCGAUGUCUACCCGAUGCCAACGAUCGAUGCGAUCCUCGAGUCUUUGCAUGGUGCAACUGUCUUCACAUCGCUUGAUCUCAAGAGCGGCUACCAUCAAAUGGCAAUGGCCCCAGAAGAUGUGGAGAAAACGGCAUUCAUAUGCGAGGAAGGGCUCUACCAGUUUAAAGUCCUACCAUUUGGGGUUGUCAACGGCCCAGCUAGUUUCCAGAGAUUAAUGGAGACGGUCCUUCGAGACUUCAUCGGGAAAACAUGCUAUGUUUAUCUUGACGACAUAGUGUGUUACUCUUCGUCGGUGAGCCAACACUUUGUUGAUCUUCAACAAAUUCUCCAGAAACUCCGUGAAGCGGGCCUAACAGUCAACAGAGACAAGUGCAGUUUUGGAUGCAGUACGAUGCGCUACCUGGGCCACAUUGUUGGACCACAUGGUCUGCAGAUGGAUCCAGAGAAAGUGCAGGCUAUUUUUGACUACCCUAUGCCGACAUCUGUGAAGCAGCCUGAGCAGUUUUUGGGAAUGGUAACUUGGUAUGCCAAGUUUAUUCCACGCCUGGCUGACAUCACAGAACCCCUAAAUCAACUUUGUCACAAGAACGCCAAGUGGGACUGGACGGACAAGUGUACCGCCGCCAUCACAACCCUGAAGACGAUAUUGACUUCAGAGCCCAUACUCACCUACCCUGACCUUACCCGUCCAUUCCUGGUACACACUGAUGCCAGCGGCACUGGAUUGGGCGCGGUCUUGCUUCAAGAGGAUGACGGAAACAUGCGCACCAUUGCCUUUGCAAGUCGUGCACUCAACGGCCCUGAACGCAAUUACAGCACAACAGAACGCGAGUGCCUUGCAGUUGUGUGGGCGUUGGAGAAGUGGCGUGUCUACUUGGAGGGCCAACGCUGCACGGUAGUCACCGAUCACCAGUCUCUUACUUGGUUGUUCCGGAAGGCCCAGCUAACUGGUCGACUUGCCCGAUGGGUGUUGCGGCUGCAGGAAUUUUGCUUUGAUGUGACAUACCGACCAGGUUCUCUCCAUGUGUUACCAGACGGUUUGUCCAGGGCUCAUGACACAAUUGUUGGAGCUGUUUGGGAAGACCUGGCAGAGGAGUUCCCGUUCACUGGUGAUGAUAUACAACCUGCUACGCCACCUGUGGGUGCUGAUGUCAAUCCUGGGGCCCAGACCGAUGGAGCACGGGAUGAUGAUACAUGUGCAGCAACUGUCUGCAAGAGGCCAGAUACUGAUCCGGUGGAUUGGGUGCAGUGCGACUUAUGCCAGAGCUGGUAUCACCUAAAGUGUGUCAAUCUUAGCCGUAGACGAGCAGAGGCGAUGCCUGUGUACACCUGCACCAAGUGCAAGAAGACACGCUGGAGGAACCGGAUGGACCUUCAGUGGCGGACAGUUGGAGAUGGUGAGGCCAACAACCAGUCUCUUCCUUUUCCCGGCUGGCAACAGCUCAAGACAGACCAGUCACGCGACCCAACCCUGAUCAAAAUGAAGGCAGACAAGUCAGGUGCAUACAGGGUGAAGGAUGAUGUCCUCUACCGUUACACCGGGACAAAAUGGAAAAUUGUUGUUCCAAAGACGUUACAGCGGGAUGUUCUUCACGAUUGUCAUGCCAAACCGACAGCAGGCCAUCUUGGGCGUACCAAGACCCUCAACCGCCUGGAUGACCUUUGUUUGUGGUGGACUGGGAUCUCCAAAGAUGUGCGCAACUUUGUGAGAGCCUGUAAAACAUGUAGGGAGAUGAAGCCGGUGUUCAGGAAACCACCGGGUCUGAUGCUAUCGUCACACUCUCAACAGCCAUGGGAAGUCUUGGGUGUAGACCUGAUGGGCCCUUUUCCACGUAGCUAUGGUGGGCAUGAGUAUCUGCUCGUUGCAGUAGACCAUUUUUCAAAAUGGACUGAGGUGUUUCCCAUGCGGAAGGCGACGGGUAAGGCUGUGGCGUCCCUGAUGGUUCGACAGCUCUUUUGCCGUUAUGGAGCCCCUAAGAAACUUUUGUCUGAUAAUGGUUCCCAGUUUAUUUCCAGGGCAAUGGCAGCGGUGUGCGACGAGUGGGGUGUAGAGCAGAUCUUUAUAUCUCCAUAUCACCCACAGACCAACUGGGUUGAACGAGUGAACCGUAACAUCAAGGGGAUGAUGCGUUCGUACCUCACUGAUGAUCAUCGACUGUGGGACAUUCACGUCUCAGAAUUUGCAUUUGCGCUUAAUUCUGUUGUCCACUCCACGACUGGCAUGGCCCCCUGUGUUGUCAUGUUUGGUCGUCAGCUGCAGAGUCCACUACACAACAAAUGGCAUCUCACCGAUACGUCAGAGAGGCAGGAUGCAGAUACUGUGAGGCAGGAGGUGACCCGGAACAUGCAGAAAUCUUACCAGAAGCGCAAACACCACUAUGAUAAACGACGUCGUUCUGCCAAGCACGCGGUUGGAGAUCAGGUUAUGCUGAAAACCCAUCCGCAGUCCAGCGCAGAGAAGCACUUUUCUGCCAAGCUAGCUCCAAAGUGGUGUGGCCCAUUGACAGUCUUGGAGCAGCUCACUCCAGUGAACUAUAAACUUGCUCCAGUGUCUUCACCUGGAACGGAAGUGAUCGCUCACAUCGACCAACUUAAGCCUUGCUAG